AUGAACUUAUCUCGUUGCAAGAUAUUCGAAAUCGAAGACAAAGACGAAGCCGAUUUGGAGAGCCACGAUCUUCACUACGUUCCGCUCACGGAUUUCGAUAUCCCUCACGGAAGCAGAAAAAUGAGAGUUACCGCUGCUGAUGGCUUGCUUCUUCUAUACUCGUAUAUCGAUGAUCCUGAAACUCUUCACGUAUGCAAUCCUCUCACUCGUGAAUAUAUCGUGCUCUGCAGGCCUAAGGAUAACACCUUAUUUGAUUGUAUGUUUGCUUUUUGUGUGAGCAAAAUAAGUGGGCAGUAUAAGGUGGUCUGUAUCGGUCGGACCUUCUAUGAAUCCGACUAUUUUCUAGUAUACACCCUCGGAACAGGAAUAUGGAGGCCCGUUGAAACCAGCGCUGCUUAUGCUUUCAUAUUAUAUCAUUAUGGACACGUAGGAUAUAAUGGAAACCUCCAUUAUAUUGUAACUGAUUUAGUUCAACACUCCUUUCAGCUGUGUGGUUUCGAUGCAGAAACAGAAUGUUUUAGCAUCUUCUCUCCUCCUCCAGCUAUAGCUCUUCCUAUAGAUGGAGAUGUGGGGUUUUAUUUUGAAAUGACUGUUUUUAGGGACUGUCUGUGUAUUUGUUACAUACAGGACUGUGAAAUCAUCAUCUGGUUGAUGAAAGAAUACCGAGUUGAGGAAUCUUGGACCAAGUUGAGUACUAUUGGUUUUGAUUUUGAUUUUGGCCAGGUUGUAAAUUUUGUUCAUCCUAUCAAAGUUUUCAAAGAUGGCGACAUUUUGAUGUUGUUGAACGGAUAUCGGUUCAUCUUCUACUCCAACAAGACAAAAACUAUUCAACGAGUAGGUAUGUUUAAUGAUGCAAAUGCAGGGUAUUUCUUUAGUGAAAUGAUUUUCACUCCUAGCCUUUUCUCACUAAAGAGUUUCGAAUCCGAGAAUGUUUUCUCAUUCUAA